CCUAUUACGAUCAGUGAUCAUCAGUGAUUGAGAUUGAGGUGUCGUGUGUUCAGUGGAAAAGUAUAUCGAAUUUACACCAAAUCUCUUAAAAAUCUUAUAGAUACUAAUAAAAGUUAGUAAUACACAACAUGUCGGACCCAGAAUUAGAAGCGAUACGACAACAACGAUUAGCACAGUUACAAGCACAAUAUAAGCCCAGCAAUGUUGACAAUAAACAAGCAAUGGAAGAGAAGAGGCAAGAAAUGGAAGACAUGAAAAAUUCAAUUCUUUCUCAAGUAUUAGACCAAUGCGCCAGAACGAGACUGAAUAUAUUAUGCCUUGGAAAACCUGAGAAAGGAAAAAUGAUAGAGAGUAUGAUAUUGAAUAUGGCACAGCGAGGUUUAUUAAAUGGUAAACUUGGAGAAAAACAAUUAAUAACUUUAAUUAAAGGUGCGAAUCAACAAACGCAACGGCAAACUGUUGUAAAGUUUGACAGGCGAAGAGCAGCAUUAGAUUCCGAUGAUGAUGAUUUAUCAAACUUAUAGGUAUUACCUAGGUUACCAUCUUGAUAACAUUAAUUUUACACUGUGUUUUAUUUUCAAACAAGAAUGGAGAUUACAAUCUAUAUAUAUGCUUAAUUAGUUGUAUAUUCUUAUUUUUUAUGGUAUAUUGAAAUAAAUAAAAAUGGUAAACAGUCA